CUCUCUUAUAUAUAUUCACUCACACCCUCCUCCCACUGAUUUUGUUCUUAUACGAAUUCCCUCAUUCGCAAACAUUGACUCGCCGAUACUAGUCUACGGGCGAGCUGCUGGCUUUAUUUGAUCAAACUUCAAGUCAUCACAUCAAAAAAACCAUUUUGUACCCUCCUCCACACUAGAUCGAUUUGCUCUCGACUCCCUGAUAUCAGUGGAGCAAAAUUACUCUGCGGUCCACCACCAAAGGCCACAAGUUCAAGUUCAAGCACUUUACCUGCAAAGGAUCGAACCCAUCAAAGGCGCCAACAUUGCGUUCCGAGACCUACAGUUAAAUAUCACUAUGAAGGCAUCACCCUACCCCGAGGCCAGGGUUGGCGCCAAUUUUGAUGAUAUCGUGCACUCCGCCGCGCAAACAACAUCAAAUUACGCACAGGAUCUCUCUCCGUAUAGUAACUCACCAUUUAGCUAUACAACACCUUCCCGAGAGCACACUCCAGCCUCAAGUGCCCCUUCGCCUGCGUUUGAUGACAAGAGCCCUGGAAAUUACGGCGCUCUGCAGCAGCCUGUUACACACUCAUAUUAUCCAUAUGUCGGACCCGUCACCACGCAAGCGCAACAACUCCUGCCCAUCAGCGCCCCUCCGGUCACUGAAAGCCACUUUGAAACGCAGAUGUCUGAGUACAUCAGCGCCUCGCCCACAGUUCCAUACUUUGGUCACUUUUGCGUCUCGGAAGUACCUGCGGAUGUAGAGCGCAAUGCCCACCUCAGAGACAGAUAUGCAUUUCCAUCCGCACCCAUGGACACCAUGCAAACAGGGGAGCAGGGGAUUUUCAACGCAAACCCAUCAACCCAGCCGCAGUAUAGGACACCAAGGAGCCAUAUGAGCGAUACCAACACAACAUACUCUCCGGUGCCUGCCACCAACAUGCAAUCCCCACAGGAAGCCCAAAAGACAGCAAAACGGCGCGGCGCAGCAACACGGACAGCAAGGGCGCGACCUGCAGCUGCCAGGCGGCGCAGCGUGGCUUCCCGUGCAAAGGAUGAUUCCCCAAUAAUGCCCAAAGGCUCAAACAAGACCGGCGAGGCUUCUUCGAGCUCAAAGUCUUCCAUGAAGCCCACUCUUCAACUCAGAGAUGAGGCAAAGGAAGAAGAGAAGAUUCUCAUGGAGCUUCGCCGAGAGCUAUCAGAUGACAAGGGCAAGGGGAUGUGGGAGGAGAUCACCAGGAGGUACAUAAGUAUAUAUGACCACAUUGAAAGGUCUGCGCUUCAAAUGAAGCUUACCCGGGCGAUCAAUGCCCACUGCAUAUGGCCACAGGAAGAGCUUGAUCUCCUCGUCGAGGCGUAUCGCGUCGAUAAUGAGCAGCGAUAUAACCGCAUCAUCCAAUGGAUGGCAGAAAACGGAGGUUGCAAGGUCUGGCCAUGGAGGCCAAAGCACAUUGAGGCACAGCUGGUCAAGCUUGGACUCGAGGAGCCAGAACUUCACAACCAAGAGAGGUCACGCAGGAGGGCGACAAACGCGCGCAAGAAGAACACAUCACAGGCCGUGGCCGUCAUCAACCGCGACCCGGCGGGCAACGGAGAUGUCACCACCUGGGUCAGGGUGAUCCCGGCACAGGCCACCAUCGACUUUAACACACCGCCGUACCAACAACCGGCCUUGCCCUCGACCCUUCAUCAGCGGGGCAACGGGUUCGCCGGGCCCAAGAAGCUGUCACCGCACCAGCUCGACACUUCGAUCGGACAGGAGGUCGUCGAUCACCAUUUUUUCAGCAAUGAGGCCCGCGACAAGAUGCUCGACCAGAUCGAGCAGAAGUACUAUCCCGAUGACACACCCACCACUGCCCAAUCUACCGAAUUCCUCGACAGUGGAAAGAUGGAAACUCAGAGCCCAGUGGAAACACGGCAAAGCUCAGGUUUUCAUCCCAACAUGGUGAUGAGGGGCGGUCAGCAGCACGACAAUAGCCAGCAGCACGUCAACAGCCUGACGUUGAAAACGGAGUUUUAGUUCAUUCUUGUGCACAUUUUUUUUACCAUUUUCAUUUAUUCUCUCUCUUCUUUUACUUUAGAUUGCACUGGUCAUGGUUUGUUUGGUUUUCAUUUUAUUUUGCAUUUCUAUUCAAAGUCACAAUGAUUCCCUUUCCUUCAUUCGCAUGGUUUGUUUGCCAACGAUUAGACUAGGUAUUCAAUUAGGAUGGGUGGCUCUUUUCCUGUUUUUCUCCUUAUGCGGUAAUGUCUAUGAUGGGUUUUUUUCUGUUUUACUCUUUGCGUUUAAAGGCUAGUCCCGGAGUUACGGACGCUCAUUCUUCCCAAUACAAGAAAUUACAACUUACUCCCACUCACAAGUUAUCCCGUUACGAGUUUG